AUGCUAUUCAUUGAAUCCGUCGCACAACUACAGAAGGGUUCCCAAGAGCAUUUUGAAUGGGCGGCUGACAAGUCACUAAUAUUCACCAAUUUCAGACUUGUUUCUGAAGAACAAGAAUGGCAUAUCAAGAAAAGGUCAAUAUGUCCACCAAUCUCAAAUAAAUUUAUAGAAGCUGCUGCACAACAACUUACCACGAUGAGCUUGAUUGAACAUGCACGCACCGAAAUUGGGCAACAAGAGACCUGCUCAGGUUGUUGCUGGCACGGAAAUCAUGGAGGACCUAAUGAGUACCGAAGAGCAGUGGAAAGAAGCUACUGCUGGCAGCAUAAUAGAUUGGAUGGGGCGUACCUCUUCAAUAAUUUGCUUCUGGCCAAAGAUCACAGCUGGAAGGUUUGGCGUCUCAAUUUGGCAUCACUAGCCGCAUGCAAAGUGGACACACCAUCCCAUGCCCACAUAGAGAACAUUCACGUUACCUUUGCACCCCAUACUUCAUGGAAUUUUCUGCAGAGAGCAGGAUUUCAUGACCGUUCCGCCAAGCAAGAAAAUCUUAAUCUAGUUCGUUACUUGCAACAUGCCAUCAUUGGAGAGCCUGUGAAGAAUGACAUUGACGGCCAUAGAUAUCAUUCCAAGUAG